AUGGCAGCUAAUCAAGGUCCAGCCAAAACAUGCAAUAAUAAUGGACAUGAAGAUGAAAAAGAAGACCCAUUUGAGAAUGACAUUUCUGCCACAAACGCUGUUCAAUUGGGAUUCUUGGUUCAUGACCCAAUAGAGCCGCUUCCUAUUCUCAAAUCGAAUAUUGACGACUUUCCCAAUAAAGUCGGUGGGCGACCGAUUUGGCUUAAUCCCAACGAACCGCUUUCCGCUAGUCAAGUCGAAUGCGAUCAAUGCCAUCAACCUAUGGCGCUAGUAGUUCAGCUAUACACUCCAGAAGACGAUAUUCCAGAAUCAUUUCACCGAGUUGUGUAUCUAUUUUGCUGUAAAGAUGGAGCAUGCCACAAAAACAGUCCUUCAAAAAGCUUUAAGCUAUUCAGAUCUCAACUACCGCAAGAAAACGCCGUCUACUCUGUUGAUGGGGUACUCUUACAAUCAUCAAAUACAAACUACUGUCAUCUCUGCGGACUCAAGGGAUCGCUCAAGUGCUCUGCAUGCAAAAAUGUAUACUACUGCAGCAAAGAACAUUCCGUUCUAGAUUGGCAGAUUGGAGGUCACAAGGAGCAUUGCGGAAACAGUAUCUCUGAUGACCAAAUUGCUAUAGUUAGAGCAAAAGCAAUAUUUCCUGAAUUCGAGCUGCAAGAAGAAGACGAAAUGGAAUUUGAGCUUCCUGCUACUGUCACAGAUAGUUUAGUGUUGGAAGAGCCAAGUGAGUUGGAGAUUUUAGAGGAUGAUACCGAAGUAGAGGUGGAUAGCACAUUUUUGAAAUUCCAGAAACGCAUUUCAAUAGCACCCGAGCAAGUCAUUAGAUAUUCGCGCGUGCCUGGUGUAUCUAAAGAUUCUACUGUCGAGCCACUGCUUGUGAGUGAUCUACCAUUAGAUAAAGAUUCACAAUCAAUUUGUCCUUACUGCAAGUCGCAACGUACUUUUGAAUUUCAGAUUAUGCCACAACUCCUCGACAGUUUUGAAAUUGAUCACUCUGAUUGGAAUGCACUGGACUGGGGAACCGUUUUUCUUUACACAUGUUCUGCUCAUUGUCAACCUAAAAACACUCGAUACGUUCAAGAAACAGUGGUUGUUCAAAAUUUCAGUCAGGCAGGACUCGGCGACUCGGUAAAAAAAUCGCUUCGGGAAAAGGCCGCCCAAUCCAAAAAACAAUAA